AAUGUAACAAAACAGUUUAUUCUUGCAAGUAGUCAAGCAACAUAUCGAAUGUAUCAAUAUAGUGUCAAAUUUGAAUAAAGGAUAUUUCAGCGAUGGAGUGGCCAAGCAAAAAUAUUCCUCAUGGAGGAAUUCUACAUCCUGCCAAAGCUUCUUAUAAUCCGGAGACCAAGAAAUUUCUGCAAUUACUAAUGGACGAAAGUAAACUCACAAUGAUGCAGAGAAACAAAAUCAACUAUCAUUUGCGAAAUGGAGAGCCUUUACCAGGGACAAUCAGACACCACAACCAAAAUACCCACGUGCCUGAAAUCACUAUAAGACCUACCAGUUCGAAGAGGAGGAGUAGAGAAAGUAUCAUCAAUUCUGGAGCUUACCAGGUAGAAAAGUUCCUGUCGAAUGUUCCUGUCAUGGACAGAGAGAAGGAAAAGGAAAAGUUACAGAACCGGAUGGCUUUCAACAAGGAUGUGAAGGUUUCUGAGGCUAGAUUUUUCCGAAAGCAAGCCAGCAAGGAAGAUAGCGAAGAAGUUAAUCGAUUUGACGAACUUGUACGAGAAAUAAAGGAGAGAGAGGAUUGGCUGAGAGAGAUGGAAGAAAUGGGUCGCGGAAAUCAGUACAAGCAAAUCAUUGAACAACAAAUCCAGGAGAAAGUGCGAGAAAUGAAUAUGUUAUCAUGUGAAACAGGAUAUCACUCAAUGAAUAAACGAUGAAAUAUCACGUCCAGAA